GGUGCGUUCGGCAGAGAAAGCAGCUUUGCAACUGUUGGAAGAUUUUCUGCUGAACACCACCUAGCGGUUUAUGCUUUUCCAACGUUUGCUCAGCGGUCGCCAUUGUUUCCAGCAUACUAAAAGUACGCUGAGUAAGCGCAACGUGUUGUGCUGCCUAACCUAUUUCAUUGUUUACGAAAUGGAUAAUGUAAAUAAUAUGGAUGAAUUGAAGGAACAUUAUACUUAUAAUAAUAUAGUAUACAGCGUUGUUGCAGCAAGAGAUGUGCACAAGCAGUUGCAAAAUAAUUCAAAAUUCUUUAAUACAUAUUUUGCACAGACUGUGUCGUCACAUGAAGCAAUAAGCGUAUCAAACGAAGGUAAUGAUUCCAAAGUUGUAAACUUUUCAUGGACUAGAGAGAAUACCAAAUUAUUCUUGGAUUAUUAUUUUGAACGAAAAGAUAAAUUGCGGGAUCCAAAAAUUAAAAAACAUUAUGAAGAUAAAACCAUAAACAUUGGCGCAUCACUCUCCUCUAUGGCAUCUUCUGACAAGGAAAGGAAUGUUGAACAAUGUAUUCCUUCGCAACAUUGCUCUAUUUCAAAUUCAGAGAAAAGAAUGACAAUGUCUUCAAUUUGCUCAGAUAUAGAAAUAGCGCAAGAUGUAACAGACAGUGCAUUUUCAGCUUGUCAAACAGUCCCUUCCUUCCCGAUAAACGAUCCUGUUCCUGAUGUUGACGAUGUUUCUGGUCCAAAAUCCAAGAAGUUGAAAUGUGCAAGAACGAAAGCUUCGUACGAUCUUCGAAAGCAACAAUUGGAAUGUGAACAAAAAAGAGUAGAUGCCAUAAAUGAGUUAAAGGAUGUUGUAAAUGAACAUAACAGGAUACAAAGAGAGAGAAAUGAAAUAUUGCGAGAAUUAAUAGAGUCCAAUAAAAACAAGAGUAACUAA